AUGGCCUUCCCAGGUCGUUACCAAGCGAACUCUCCUUCAACUACAAGUCUUCUUCACCCUUCUUUUGGCUGCGAAUCUGCUAGCAGUAACUCUACUUCAAGUGAAUACAACAAUGAAAUUCAAGCAAGCUUAGCUAGAGGCCCUAGAACCAUACAAACCAUGGCUAGCAAAUCGUCGUUGAAUGAUUCCCCAUAUAGCGGAGCAACGUCCGAUCGUCGCUUUUCUCUUUCGGCCGAUCCUAUGGCCUGGGGAACUGACCUUUCACUUCGCGCGGAACCCGACGAUUAUCUGCACAAUCCCGAUCCUCGACGCGACCGAAAGAAUGAUCUCGGUGGAUCAUUUUUCACAUAUCGUGGACUGACGAAUUUGGGCUGCCUUAUCCUGCUCGGAGUUGUUUUUGUCACUCUUUUCGCUGGAUACCCUUUGAUAUCAUUCUUUACUAGAACUCAUAUGUCAACCAUGGGUGGAUUCAAUCUAGGUGGGAUCAAUGGCAGCGGACAGAUUCCAACUAUGUCUGGAAAUUAUGGUCUUAUCGAUCUGGAGACCCCUCAAGAACAAUACACGUAUACCUCAUUCAGAGACAAUUCCACCGAGCUACAAUUAGUCUUCAGUGACGAGUUCAACACUGAUGGACGUACCUUCUAUCCUGGAGAUGAUCCAUACUGGGAAGCUGUUGACUUGCAUUAUUGGGAGACUAACAAUCUGGAAUGGUAUGAUCCUGCAGCGAUCACUACUAAGAAUGGAUCUCUGUUAAUCACAAUAUCGAGGAAAGAGACGCAUAAUCUGCAUUUCCAAGGGGGAAUGAUGACCACAUGGAACAAAUUCUGUUUCACAGGCGGGCUCAUCCUCACUUCUGUCGUCCUUCCGGGUGUUAAUAACGUCGUCGGACUUUGGCCUGCCGUCUGGACUAUGGGUAACCUUGGUCGCGCAGGGUAUGGGGCUAGUCUUGAGGGAAUGUGGCCUUACACGUACGACGCUUGUGAUGUUGGUACUGCCCCGAAUCAAACUCACAACGAUCUACCUGCUGCUGCCACUGUCAACGGAGAUCCUUCGGCUAAUGGUGCACUAUCUUAUCUCCCUGGUCAACGCCUCUCCCGAUGCACUUGUCCUGGAGAGUCACAUCCCGGUCCAAUACACUCAGACGGCACUUACGUUGGCCGUGCUGCUCCCGAAAUUGAUGUUUUCGAAGCACAGGCAAACUUUGAUGAAAUUCUAAUGGGUGAAGUGUCACAAAGUGGCCAGUGGGCGCCCUUCAAUGAAGCUUACGAGUGGUUCAACACAUCUGCCAACUUGAUUAUCAACAAUCCGUCAGAGACUUUGUUGAACAGUUAUAUGGGUGGAGCUCUUCAACAAGCAACGUCGUGUGUCUCUAAAACAAAUCCAGACUGUUAUUUCAGUGGAGGGGGUUGCUAUUCAGUAUAUGGUUUCGAAUAUAAGCCCGGGUAUGACGAUGCGUAUAUUAGUUGGAUAGCAAAUGGGGAACAAAAGUGGACCAUCAACGCAGGAGGCACAGCCGCGGACACCCGAGUUGAGAUAUCCGCUAGGCCUAUUCCGCAGGAACCCAUGUACCUAUUGGCUAAUCUCGGAAUCUCCACCAAUUUUGGAGACGUUGAUUUUGAACAUUUAACGUUCCCGACCAGUAUGGCCAUUGAUUGGAUCCGGGUAUAUCAGCCCAAGGACGCCACCAACAUUGGAUGCGAUCCGAAAGACUUUCCAACCGCUGCGUACGUCUACCUCGAAGCAUACACCAACCCCAAUCUAACUACUUGGAGGAACGAUUACAAGCAACCAUUCCCAAAAUCUUCAUUCCUUGGACAAUGUUAG